AUGAAGCACGCGAACAUUUCGGCGUUACUUCUCUCCAGCAGCCUCGGGGUAGUCGUGGUGGGCGCACAGGAUGCCCCUACGUAUCGCGCCAAGCUACUUUCUCUCCACCAAUCCAUCGUCGAGAUCCCCUCAAUAUCCGGGACAGAGGCUGCCGUAGGCAAUUUCCUGAUUGAAUACCUCGCAGAGCAGGGAUUCGCCACAGAAAGGCAGUUCCUACCGACAUCGGAUCGGUUCAACGUGCUCGCAUGGCCAGAGCCGCGCCGCUCUAACCGGUCGCGCAUUGUUGUGACGACGCAUAUGGACGUUGUCCCGCCUUAUCUCCCCUAUUCGCGCUCGGGACCUGACCCGCCGACAGCCGAUACGGUCAUCGCUGGUCGCGGUACCUCUGAUGCAAAGGGCUCCGUGGCCGCGCAGACGCUGGCAGUGCUGGAGCUCAUGGCUGCCGGCUCCAUUACCGGCGACGAUGUGAUGCUUGCCUUUGUUGUCGGCGAGGAAACAAAUGGAGAUGGCAUGAUUCACUUCAACGACGCCAUAACUAAGCGCGGCGCUCAGCCCAGUGCCGCCAUCUUCGGCGAGCCUACCAACAGCACCUUGGCCUGUGGCCAUAAGGGAGGCAUGGCCUGCAACAUCAUCGCAAAGGGCACGUCUGGUCAUAGCGGUUACCCUGAAUCUGGGAAGAGCGCCAACGAGGUGCUCAUGCGUGCUCUUGUAAAGGCCAUCGACUCUGACCUGGGUAAUAGCGAGCGCUAUGGUAAUACUACUAUCAAUGUUGGUGUCAUGGGCGGCGGCGUCGCCCCCAACGUCAUUCCCGAUGCAGCAAACGCAUCGCUCGCAAUCCGCGUCGCAUUAGGACCUCAAGAAAACGGCCACAACAUCGUGAGGGAACGGCUACAGGAAAUCCUCGAGAGUGUUGAUCCAGACGCUUUCACGCUUGAGUGCCCCUUUGGAUUCGGCGUUGUCGAUACGAAAUGUGAUGUGCCUGGUUUUGAGACCGAUGUCAUGGCAUUUGGUACAGAUAUUCCAAGACUGCUGGGAAAUCACACGCGAUAUCUUUACGGACCUGGAGAUAUCCUAAAAGCCCACACUGCUGAUGAGUCCAUCACCCUGGGGGAACUGGAGAGUGCAGUCGAAGGAUACAAAAAGCUUAUCCUGAACGAAGUGCAGCCUAAACAGCCAAAAAAGUACUAA